AUUUAAGAAUGUCCUAAUUUAUAAAAGCAAUAACUCCAAAGAAAACAUUUAUGGUUGAAAAAGGAUUCUAUUCAAUUAAUUUAGAAGAUGGAACUAUUGAAAAAUUAGGACCUGAAAAGAAAAGUUAUAAGUUACCCUCCUAAUCUUAACAUACAUCUUCAAAAGUUUAAAAAGACUUACUUGCUGCAUAAGGAUAAUAAAAUUAAGGUUCUAAUCAUAGGGUAUUCAAUAUUUUUACUAUAAAUAGUAUAAUUAAUAAGUGAGAAAGGUUUAAGAAAAUACUAGAAAACUUAAUUCAUAAAGGAAUAAUUGA